AUGGAGACCCGCAACCUUCACACAUUUCUUCUCCACGCCCUCACAUUCGCGGAAUUGCCACAGAAGCCCUUCCGGCUGUCUGCGCCAAGUUUCUGCCGCCGCGAUGAGUCCAGUUCAGGAAACCAAGAACCGGUGAAUGGGCACGGGCAACGCGAGGACUCCAAGAACGGCGCCUCCGAUGGGGCCCCGAGCGCUGUGGCAGCCCAAGGCGGCGCCGAUGCCUCCUCGCCGUCGCGUCUCCCUGCAGCGCCCGUCGACCGACCCCAGGAACGUGUCCGCCAGCAGGCCGGAGGCGGAAGCCGCGGCACCAAUGGAUCGAGCUCCGCCACGGUGGGGGUCGACCAGAAGGGCGAGUUGCCCGCCGCCAUUCCUCCUCCGGAACCUCCCGCUCCAAGCUCCGCGGGAAGCAGCUCCCCCGACAGCGCCUGGCCGUUCGGAGCCGGGACGGUAAGCUCUGCAGCCGUCGACUGCAAGGAAGUGUUCGACCGGCUGGUACGAGCGCAGGCGGCUAUCAACGAGGCCGGCAGGGGAUCGGCCAAGGAGGGGGAGAAGAAGAAGAAGAAGCCGGAGGUGGAACAGGUGGAAUCGUCGCACCACAAGAAGGCGCUUUGGAGCAAGCUUAGGAACUAUUUCACCCGCAAGAUUGUUGUUAGAGAAGAAUGGGAAAUGUACAAGGAACAUGUGGGUCACCAGACAAAUCCUAUCGCUGAAGUCUUUGAUUAUUAUCGUGUUCCCAAAGAUAUGGCUAUUUGUCUGAAUCUUGAUGCCUAUUUGAGAUUCAGACCGGUGUAUGGAGAUGGGGAGUGUUUCUACAGGAGCUUCAUAUUUUCCUACCUUGAACAAGUUCUUGAUAGGCAGGACACACAUGAGGAACUCCGCCUCCUUGAUACCAUUAAAAGAGUGUCUACGCUUGUAAGGGAUGAUUCUCUACAGUUUCAGACGUGUUUUUCUGUGUUCUUUCAUACCCUGGCAUUUAAGAAGCUGAUAAUGAAAGUAAUGGGAUGGAAGCGACAAGGCAGGUGGAACAGCAUAGCAUCACCUAACAGCUACCGUAAAGAGAAACUUCUUGCGUUCUUCAGCACCUACAGUAAAACGGAAAACAUUUUUGUUUUCCUCAGAUUAGUAGUAGCUAUCCAGAUCUGCUCAAACGGGGAAGAGUAUGAACAUUACAUUCUAAAAAAUGUCAGUAUAAGCAUCUCUUCUUGGAUAUACAUACGGUCACUCAUUUUACCUGACCCAUUGGUGUACAAACAGUGGUGCUUUUUGUGCGUCACCCCAGCUCGUGAGUUUACGGACCAUAUUAUGAUGGCGGCCUUGGCCAGAGCGCUUGAGGUACCCCUCAGACUGGAGCGGCUCCAUGGAGUAGGAUCUGAUGAAGAUAAUAUCUACACUGGGCCUGGAGAUGUGAGUGUGACGUUGCUGUACACGGGUAAUCACUACGACAUCAUCUACCCACGCCCUGUGCUCGUAGAACAUCCUGCUGAUUAG